AUGCAGUGCGCGCCCGCGCGCGCGGCGCUCCUCUCGGGCCGCUUCGCGCACCGCGUCGGCUUCUCGUCGAACGACCCCCUGGACCGCGAGGUCUUCCCCUACUCGAACUACUCCAUCCCCCUGGGCGUCGAGCUCCUGCCCGGCCACCUCCGCGCGCGCGGGCGCGGCGUCCCGCACCUGUCGGUGAACGUCCGAACGACGAUCCGUCGCAGGCUCGGCUACGCGACGCGCGGCGUGGGCAAGUGGAACGUGGGCCACUGCUCGGAGCGGUACCUGCCCGCGGCGCGCGGCUUCGACGGCUUCACGGGCUACUUCUCGCCGGGGCUCUCCUAUUUGGACUACACGCCCGACGCCGAGCGCGACUUCGUCGACGGCGCCGGCGGCUCGGCGCCGCUGAAGGACCUCUUCAGCCAGGCGGCGGACGGCGCGCUCGCGUUCCACGACGCGACGGUCGGAACCGUCCCGACGGACGAGGUCUUCGCGCGCGCGGCGCUCGCGGCCGUCGCCGACGUCGACGGGAAGAAACCCCUCUUCCUCUACGCGGCGUGGCAGGCGCCCCACUCGAACGCGCAGUUCCACGCGGCCAACUGGACCGCCGCAUUCGGCGGUCCGCGGCCGACGCUCGAGGCGGUGGCGGCGCGGGGCCUCUUCGCGCAGCGCCUCGCCUUCGCGCAGGCCCUCGUCACCGUCGACUACAAUGUCGAGCGCGUCUUCGACGCGCUGCGGGCGUCGUCGUCGCGCGACGUCGUCGUCGCGGUCGUCUCCGACAACGGCGGCUACCCGUGCGCGGCGGAGCUCGCGGGCUCCAACCACCCGCUGCGCGGUCCCCGCGCGUUCCUCUACGCGUCGUCCUUCGACUCGGGGCGGGCCGGUGCGCGGUACUCCACGCCGAUGCACCACGUCGACUGGCUCGCGACGCUCCGGUCCGCGGCGCUCGCCGGCGGCGCCCUGGACGCGGCCUACGACUCGCGCGACCACUGGGCGGCGCUCCGCGACGGCGAGACGGACGAGGCGCUCGAGGCGCGCGCGCUCGUCCUGGCCGCGGGGGACGGCUUCGCCGCGGUCGUCCAGGGCGGCUACAAGUACAUGUGCGGCUUCGACACCUUCGGCUUCUACAACGUGACAGCCUACGACCAGAUCCAGUGCUGGCCGGGGGACGCGAGCGAGGCGUGGCUCUUCGACCUCCGCGACGACCCGCGGGAGACCGCGAACGUCGACGACGACGAGGCGCGGGCCCGGCUCGCGGCGGUCGCUGCGGCGGCCGUCGACGAUGCGUACGUCCCCCAGCACGCGUUCGGCACCGAGGAGGGGAACGGCGCGGCCGGUUUUGCUGGGUGGCACGCGGGCAUGUAG